GGCGGGAGCAGGAGAUAAGGCAGAGUCCGCAGCACCUGUCGACACCUCCUUCCCGUCCACAGUGCGAGCCGCGCCGAUGCCGAAGCAAAGCCACAUGGAGCCAGAGCCGAGCACACUGCACUUCUGCGUGAACGGCCGCGGGGUGACAGAGAGAAAUGUGGAUCCCGAGACAAUGCUGCUGCCUUACCUGAGGAGGAACCUGCGGCUCACCGGGACCAAGUACAGCUGCGGAGGCGGGGGCUGCGGCGCCUGCACGGUGAUGAUCUCGCGCUAUGACCCCAGCACCGGGCGGAUCAGGCACUACCCGGCCAGCGCCUGCCUGACGCCGCUCUGCUCACUGCACGGCGCGGCUGUCACCACCGUGGAAGGCGUGGGGAGCCCGAGGUCGCGGCUCCACCCUGUGCAGGAGAGGAUCGCCAAGAGCCACGGCACGCAGUGCGGCUUCUGCACACCCGGGAUGGUGAUGUCGCUGUACGCGCUGCUCCGCAACCACCCGCAGCCCUCCGAGGAGCAGCUGGCGGACGCCCUGGCAGGUAACCUGUGCCGCUGCACGGGGUACACACCCAUCCUCGAGGCGGGCAGGACGUUCUGCAAGACGUCUGGCUGCUGCCAAAGUAACGAAAACGGGUUUUGCUGUGUGGACCAAGGAGUAAAUGGAGCCCCAGAAACGGAGGACGGAGGGCAGACAAGUCCAGAGCUGUUCUCAGAAGAGAAGUUUGUGCCGCUGGACCCAACUCAGGAGCUGAUAUUUCCUCCCGAGCUGAUGAUGCUGGCUCAGAAGCAGCCACGGAAGCCCCGGGUGUUCACGGGCAACAGAAUGACCUGGAUCUCCCCCGUGACCCUGAAGGGCCUUCUGGAAGCCAAGUCCAAGUACCCCCAGGCCCCAGUGGUCAUGGGCAACACGUCCGUGGGGCCUGCAAUGAAAUUUAAAGGCAUCUUCCACCCAGUUAUAAUCUCUCCUGACGGAGUUGAAGAACUCAGUGUUGUAAAGCGGGAGAGCAACGGGCUGACCCUGGGUGCUGGCCUAAGCCUGGCUCAGGUGCAGGAUGUCCUGGCUGAUGUGGUCCGGCAGCUCCCAGAAGAGAAGACACAGACGUUCCGCGCUCUCCUGAAGCAGUUGCAGACUCUGGCUGGGUCGCAGAUCAGGAACAUGGCUUCUUUAGGGGGCCACAUCGUGAGCAGGCAUCUGGACUCAGAUCUGAAUCCCGUCCUGGCUGCAGGCAACUGCACCCUCAGCGUGCUGUCGGAAGAAGGAGCCCGGCAGAUCCCGCUGGACGAGCAUUUCCUCAGCAGGAGUCCCAGUGCAGACCUCAGGCCUCAGGAGGUCUUGCUGUCCGUGACCGUCCCCUACUCCCGGAAGUGGGAGUUCGUGUCUGCCUUCCGGCAAGCACAGCGGAAACGGAACGCGCUAGCCAUCGUGAACGUGGGGCUGAGGGUCUUCUUCGGAGGAGGGGACGGGGUCAUUACGGAGCUUUCCAUCCUGUACGGAGGAGUCGGCCCGGCCACCGUCUGUGCCAGGGACACCUGCCAGAAGCUCGUGGGAAGGCCCUGGACCGAGGAGACGCUGGACGAGGCCUGCAGGCUGGUCCUGGGCGAGGUCGCCAUCCCCGGCCCGGCCCCUGGCGGCAGGGUGGAGUUCCGGAGGACCCUGCUGGUCAGCUUCCUGUUCAGGUUCUACCUGCAGGUGUCCCAGAGCUUGAGCCGCAUGGACCCAGGUCACUAUCGCAGCCUGGCAGGCAAGUACGAGGGUGCGUUAGAAGAACUCCAUCUCGGACAGCACAGGAGGACUUUCGAGUACCAGAAUGUGGACCCCAAGCAGCUUCCUCAGGACCCCAUUGGCCGCCCCAUCAUGCACCUCUCGGGGGUCAAGCACGCCACUGGGGAAGCCAUCUACUGUGACGACAUGCCUGCAGUGGACCGGGAGCUCAGCUUGGCCUUCGUGACCAGCUCAAGGGCCCACGCUGCCAUCGUCUCCAUGGAUCUGUCAGAGGCGCUCAGCCUGCCGGGGGUGGUGGACAUUGUCACCGCUGAGCACCUUGGGGACGCAAACUCCUUCGACAACGAGACGUUGCUGGCGACAGACAAGGUGCUGUGUGUGGGUCACCUCGUCUGUGCCGUCAUCGCAGAGUCUGAGGCUCAGGCAAAACAAGCUGCUGAGAAAGUGAGGAUCGUCUACCAGGACCUGGAGCCGCUGAUCCUCACGAUCGAGGAAGCUAUCCAGCACGACUCCUUCUUCGAGGCGGAGAGGAAGCUGGAGAGUGGGGACCUGGAGGCGGCGUUUCAGACUGCGGAUCAGGUUCUCCGAGGCGCAGUCCAUAUGGGCGGCCAGGAGCACUUCUACAUGGAAACCCAAAGCAUGCUGGUUGUCCCCAAGGGUGAGGACCAGGAGAUGGAUGUCUACGUGUCCACACAGUUCCCCAAGUAUGUCCAGGACGUGGUGGCCUCAACCUUGAAGCUGCCUGCUAACAAGGUCAUGUGUCACGUGCGGCGCGUUGGCGGGGCGUUCGGGGGCAAGGUAAUGAAGACCAGCAUCCUGGCAGCUGUGACGGCCUUCGCCGCCCACAAACACGGCCGUGCCGUCCGCUGCAUCCUGGAACGAGGAGAGGACAUGCUGAUCACCGGGGGCCGCCACCCGUACCUGGGGAAGUACAAGGUGGGGUUCCUCAAAGACGGCCGGAUUGUGGCCCUGGACAUGGAGCAUUACAGCAACGCAGGCAGCUCCCAGGACGAGUCCCUGUUAGUGGUGGAGAUGGGGCUUCUGAAGAUGGAGAACGCAUACAAGUUCCCCAACCUGCGCUGCCGCGGCCGCGCCUGCAGAACCAACCUCCCGUCCAACACAGCCCUGCGCGGCUUCGGCUUCCCGCAGGCCGGGCUCAUCACGGAGGCCUGCAUCACGGAGGUGGCAGCCAAGUGCGGCUUGUCCCCGGAGGAGGUGCGAGAGGUGAAUAUGUACCAGGGAACCGACCGGACACCCUACGGACAAGAGAUCCACACCGAGGGCCUGGCCCGCUGCUGGAGUGAAUGCAAGGCCAAGGCCGCCUUCUCCCUGCGGCGGGCGGCUGUGGACAGGUUCAACACGGACAAUCCCUGGAAGAAGCGAGGGCUGGCCAUGGUCCCCCUGAAGUUCCCAGUGGGCUUCGGCAGCGUCGCCUUGGGCCAGGCCUCCGCCCUGGUCCACGUUUAUCUGGACGGCUCUGUGCUGGUCACCCACGGUGGGAUUGAAAUGGGGCAAGGCGUCCACACGAAAAUGAUCCAGGUGGUGAGCCGGGAACUGAAGAUGCCAAUGGCGAACAUCCACCUGCGCGGGACAAGCACAGAAACCGUUCCGAAUGCCAACGUCUCCGGAGCCUCCGUGGUAGCCGAUCUCAAUGGGCUGGCGGUAAAGAACGCCUGUCAAACUCUUCUAAAACGCCUUGAACCCAUCAUCAGCAAGAAUCCCCAGGGGACGUGGAAGGAUUGGGCGCAGGCUGCUUUCGACCAGAGCAUCAGCCUUUCGGCUAUUGGAUACUUCAGGGGCUACGAGUCGAACAUCGACUGGGAGAAGGGCGAAGGCCACCCCUUUGAAUACUUCGUGUACGGAGCGGCCUGCUCCGAGGUGGAGAUCGACUGCCUGACCGGGAACCACAAGAACAUCAGGACAGACAUCGUCAUGGAUGUGGGCCACAGCAUCAACCCAGCCCUCGACCGAGGCCAGGUGGAAGGCGCCUUCGUCCAAGGCAUGGGGCUGUACACCUCGGAGGAGCUGAAGUACGCCCCCCAGGGCGCGCUGCACACGCGGGGCCCUGACCAGUACAAGAUCCCCGCCAUCUGCGACCUCCCGGCCGAGCUGCACAUCUCCUUUCUGCCUCCAUCCGAAAAAUCCAAUACCCUGUACUCGUCCAAGGGCCUGGGGGAGUCCGGGGUGUUCCUGGGGUGCUCUGUGCUCUUCGCCAUCUGGGACGCAGUGAGCGCCGCGAGGCGGGAGAGAGGACUGCCUGGGACCCUGGCGCUCAGCAGCCCGCUGACCCCGGAGAAGAUCAGGAUGGCCUGCGAGGACAGGUUCACCAGGAUGAUUCCAAGAGAUGUUCCUGGGUCCUAUGUUCCUUGGGAUGUUCUCGUAUGAAUCACACGCAAACCUCUGGAGGAGUGGGUGGCUCUUCCCACCGCAGCCCGCCAACCACCAUCUCCUCAGGUGGCUGCACACCGCUCAGAGAUCCUCCCAAGCACCGCUGCCUGCACGGGAGCUGGUUCAGAUGGAAAGGUAGACAGAUAGGUGAUAGAGUGAUAGAGUAUAGACAGAUAGGUGAUAGAGUAAUAGAGUAUAGACAGAUAGGUGAUAGAGUGAUAGAGUAUAGACAGGUGAUAGAGUAAUACAGUAUAGACAGAUAGGUGAUAGAGUAAUACAGUAUAGACAAAUAGGUGAUAGAGUAUACAUAGAUUGAUUAUAGAUGAUAGAACAUAGAUAAUAGAUGAGAUUGAUAAAUAGGCAUAAGCAAUUUAUAAAGCGCACUUAAAUGGUAUGAAUAUUAACUGUUUCCCUCGAGGGUGGAAUUCUCCAUUGCUGUGUCCCUUGGACUGGAAUACAUGAUGAUUUUUAUGUGAUUUGUAUCUGGCUUGUACUCACCAACAGAAAUUAUACUGUCUCCUGGAA